ACCAUGACCCCACCUGCCACCUCACCCACUGAAGGAGACGAUCUGUGUGACACAGAUGUUACCACCAUGGCCACACACAGUGUGACACUGCUCAUCUGCCUCUGUGGGCUGGCUGGGAACGGGGCUGUGCUCUGCCUCCUCAGCCUGAAAAAAAGCGGGAACGCUGGCAUCUUUGACCUGGCUGUCAUGGACUUCCUCAUUCUCCUCUUUGCAGUCCCCUCUGCCCUCCUUAUCCUGGUGGAGGACGUGUCCUGCUCUCUUAUCAUGCCCUUGAUGUACAUGAACUUCCUUUUCCAGCUGUCCGUGGUCUCCCACUACUGGGCCCUGCUCUGGCUGAUGCGCAGCAACAAGAUACUGUUUAUGCGUGAGAUCUGGAACCUCUGUUGCCGCUGCGACCUCCCUGAGCACCUGUGGUGGGUGCUGGACAGUGCCCAAUACUGGGCCUUCUUUGCUCUCUUCACUGUCAUUCCCUCAGUGACAUUCCUGUGCCCAUCACACGAGCAGGAGCACUGCCGGGCUGCUUUCAUUUCCAUGUACACCCUCAUCCUGCUCUUCUUGGCUGCACCCCUGCUCAUUUCCAGCACAAUCGAUUUAAUUAAUGCCAAGCCCGGCUCCCAGCAGCAGCAACCCAAGAGGCGUGACAUCGUUCUCUUCAUCAUUUUGCUCCUCACUCUCCUUCUCAGCCUCUGGAAUUUCCUGCAGCAGCUCAGUUACAUCACUGUGUCCUCACAGGUUGUUUUCCUGCUCACCUGCAUCCACAGCACCAUCAAACCCUUCAUCUACUUCUUGGUGGGGAGGUGCAGGAGGCCCUGCUCCAUGCGGUCUCUCCGGCUCUCCCUCCAGAGGAUUUUUGAAGAGCCCGAAGAAAACAAUGCCGAGAGUGGUGAUCCUGCCAUGGACAUGGGGGUUUGAGCCUGUUGAUCCCUUCUACUACUCUGCUGAAGGAACCCAGGAAACUCGUUGAAGGUUUCCUUGGGCCUCCUGAUUGAUCAAUAUCUACAGGAUCACCCUCUCUGUGGUGCUGUAUUCCUGCAGGAGAAGGGAGCAGAGGCACUGCCUUGGGUGAUUUUUGUGGGAUGCACUGCAGGGAGCACACUGGAGCAUGGCUUUCCUCCUCCCUCCUGGUUUCACAUGGCUCCAAGCUGUGCAGCUGGGCUCAGUGCUGUUCCCCAGCUCUACUCCCCAUGGAAUGAUCCUCAUGGCCUCGGCCCCAGGGAAUGAACUCCAUCUCCUUGGGCUCAGCAGAUGAGUUCCAUGGUGUUUUCAGGGAGCUCAUGCCUGUCCCAUGACACGGAGUGGUGGAUAUUUCCCAAAUCCCUGCAGGGCUGGUGCCUCUGGAUGGCAGGAGAGGGGUUGGGAUCACAGGGAGCAUCCUUCCCUUUCUGUCCAGCAGAGCCAGCCCAUCAUUCCCAGCUGAUGGGAAGGGACACCAGGUGGGGCUGCAGAGGUGGGGAGGGACAGCAACAUUCGCUUACCCUCUCAGUGGGAAUUUGUCACAGGAUUUAAUUCCAAAAUUAAGUCCUCACAAGUAAAGUGCAGGGUCAAUAGGGAACUCCACUGAUCCUUUGUGCCUGUACCAGAAAGUACAUGGAAUAUGGAAAUUCCCAUCACCAGAUGCUUGGACCAUUUAGUUGCACAGAGAUUAGGGGGUUAUGCUGCUCUUCGGCAAAAUGGGCCCCUCCAUCCUCUGGUUCCCCAGCAUCAGUGCCCAAGGAAGCCCUUGACCACCUCCAUCCUGAACCUGGCCACCCUCAGGAGGAGCUGCACAGCCACUCUGCACAGCAGCUUCAGCCACAGCCCAGCCUGUCCUGAUCUUUGUCAUUCUGUAACCACCCCUCAACCAGAUUUGGAUUCAUGGUUUUUGUUGGAUUCUAAUGUGAUACAACUGACUGUAGGACAUGGGGUUACAUGUUGAAGUAUUAAUGCUUGUGCUCACCAGAAGACCCUGAGGGAAAGGCACAGCUGCAGGCUGGGUGGAUGGGAGGCGCCUGAGGGCUGAGAGGCAGUCAGGAGUGCGGGAUAGUCAGAUGGGAGUGAGAUUGUGAUUGGCUGGGGGAACAUGUAGACAGCUUAUAAGCAGGAAGCUGAUUGGAUGGUAGGACAGGGGGCCAGCAGCACUGCAGCUGAGCCAGCCAAUGGGUGCCCUCCUUCUGUUAAAUUCAGUUAGGCCUCAGUUUGGUUCCCAUUAUGUCAGGUUGAGAUUAAAGGCAUAAACAGCGGCUGAUUUUUACAAUGAAACGAUCUCAUUCGGAUGCAUAAGGGGGUCUGUGUCGCUUUGUUCCAAGUGCUACAAAUGGCAGGCCUGAAUUGGGAGCUAUAAAGGCAGCACAGGAUGUGCUGUCCAAUCGAGUAGCAGCUUCCACUAGGUCAAGGGACCGGCCCAGAAGAGUCUGGGAAAAGUAUCUGAGGAAGGAUCCAAGAGAAGUUCAGGAAGGAACUCAAGAAUUUAAAAGUGCACCAACCUCUCCUAGGGGGUGAGUAGGCAUGUGGGAGAAUGUACUGGAGGUGGAAUAUCCCUGGAACAAAGCAGGAGCUUGGGCUAGGUAAGGCAGCUCCUACAUCAUCAAUCGAUUAAUAUGGCUGGUAUGAAACUAAGGACCUUGCUGGACUGGGUGCCUAAUCAAAUUAAAGAUUUUUCCCUUUAGUGGCCCCUUUGAUCAGCAACCUGGCAAGCAAUACAGCAGAAACUUUUUGAUAUCGCCAGGGGUGGCGAUGCCGAAGCUUGCAGCCGCCUCACUCAUGGGGGACAAUCAUGGUGGCCAUUAAAGGAAGUCACGUGAAUGUCGGCCAUUUCGCAGCUUCAGACAUUAAUUCCCCCAAACCCUCAGUGCCCCCAGAACCCGUAUACGAUCCCGAGAUUAAUCCAGAAUCUGCAGAAUUGCCUUACCCCCAGAUCAACCCAGGCCCUGCAGGACUGCCUUACCCCAAUACAAAUUCCUGCAUGGCAGGACCCCUCGGCACGGAACUCUCAUUUCAGGAGUGGGCAGCAGCUCCCUUCCUGCCCUCGAUGGCGAUGCAGUUGUCCAGCACUGGCAAAAAUGGCAGGAAGCUGCCACGAAGGAGGGCAGUUUGGUGGUCAUUACAGCCUGCCCAGCCUGAGCCGAACCACUGGCCGGCAUAUCAGGAGCUAGACUAUAAAGUAAUUACAGAACUGAGGGCGCUAAAAAAGAAAGCGGCAUAUCCUCCCAUCACACCCUAAGCUACCUACAAUCCAUCAGGACCAUGUACAUCCUCACUCCCCACGAAAA